UGGAGCUCCGACUAGCACAGAACAAACUCCAUUGGUGCUUUAAGGCCUCACAGCCCGCGCUUCCACUGACCGCAUUGGUUGGUAUGACGGAGGUUAGACGACUGUGUCCUGGUUCAUGCGAAUCCUCUCUGCCUCAACAUCCUAAAUAUGGUUCUCAGAUGCAGAAUGGCACAAGUGGACGGCGGCGUUAUGUGGAAUUGGACACGUGCUGGGGUGUACCUGUAGCCACUGCCUGCAUCACCUUCCUCUCGUGCAUAGCCUCAUCCAGCUAUGGGUACCUAUACGUCCUGUUUAUGGAAAAGCAUCAUGUUGGGCGCGAGCAAGCUGCCUGGCCACAGAGCGCACUCGUCAUCUCUGGCGGAUGCGCGGGCCUUCUUGUCAGCGUCGUGCAAAAGAAGUUCUCCAUCUACCAGAUAACCCUUCUAGGUGGAAUCAUGGCUUCUGCAGGCGUCGUGGCAUCUAGCUUCGCACCAAAUAUUGCUUGGCUUUCUCUGACCUUUGGAGUGAUACAAGGAGCCGGUAUCGGCACCACACUGCUCGGCGUCGCCAUGUACUUGCUUCUCUAUUUUGACAAGUACAAGGCCACUGUCACCGCCAUCAAAGAUGUGGGCACGGUCGCAGCCGGUGUAGCAGGCGUUCCCUGGACAUCGCUUUUCGUGAAGGAAUACGGUUUGCAAGGCAGCCUUCUUCUCACGGGUGGUUUCAUGAUACACAUAGUGCCACUAGUCAUGCUAAUUAAGACACCUCGCCCUUUACAAAUCUGCCAAGGCAAGAAGGAUAUUACUAUAACCAUGAGCGCACAGGAAGCUAAUGCAGAUACCGCUCCCACCGAGAAAAUAGCGACGGAAUUGGUCAGGCAAAAGGAACAGUUUGUGCCUUCUCCAAAUAAGAAACACCUGACGUCCUCAAGCUCUCCUCCCAGGGUGUUCACAGUGUUUAAGUGGUUCCCUUUUUUUGUAUUGGUGCUGCUGCAAGUCAUCGCGGACUACACCUUUUCAACGUUCAUGACCACCAUAGUCGAUUACGCUGGAGACAAGGGAGCAGAGCUCGAGCGCGCCAAGACAAUUAUUAUGUUCACUGCUCUGGGACAGGCUCUGGGGCGGGUGGUUGUGCCCUUGGCGUCGGACAAAAUUUCUUUCAGCCGCUCUCCCAUUGCCGUUGCAUGCCUUCUUGUGACGGCUGUGUGUCUUGCCGUCAUUACGUCUGUCUCAGCUUUUGAGGAAAUUGCAGCACUUGCUUGUCUGGCAGGCGUGGCCCAAGGCUAUAUCCAGUGUAUAAGACCGGUUCUGGUCGCCGACCACGUCGGCAUGGAUCGCUUCAGCUUAUGUUGUGGAAUCGGAGGACUCGUCGGCGCGCCCGUGUGCCUCUCUGGCCCAGCAAUCCUUGGUUUUUUCCGGGACAACCGCGGCUCCUACGACAGGCUCUAUUUCAUGAUUGCUGGACUAAAUCUCGGGGUAGGCAUGGUACUUUCAGUGCUAGUGUUUCAAGCCUUGCUUCAGCGGCCAUGUUGUCCCCCAAAGAAUUUGUCUCCUGUGUCAUCGCUGGAGACAACACAGACGGAAGAGACCAGUGCAUCUGAAUAAUAAUCUCACAUCGUGUAUGUAUCAUUAUAUGCAAUGAGCAGUGACCAAUAACGUUCUUGCCACUCAACUCGACAGCCGUCAACGACGACUAUUCCGGAUAGUACAUGGUUUCGUUCAUGUAGCACACGCGACUGGAGAGUCCUGUCAGUGCUUGGACGCUUCGCCCGGCAGAGCUCCGCUGAACUUCACCAAUAUCAGACCUCGAAUUUUAUUCCAUUUCUCAGUAUGACCUCCAUGAACGAGUGGUUCACGAUCAAUGGGAAGCUUGCCAACUGACGACCUCGUAGAGUUGAAAACAAUCAUGCGAGUUGAACACACAUGUUGAAACCUACCUGAAGCAAAGCAUUCGUGAAAUAACUAAUUUAAAAUAAAUACGCGCAUAUUCACGCAAACUUUGUAUACACCACACCGGCCACCACUUCAAUGCCAUAUAAUGUAUAAUUUUAUCCGUUACACUGUUCGCAAGCUAUGUCAAAAUGCCAAGAGCAGUUCAUAGAACUGCAGACUUUGAAGUAACGUCGCGGUGACGACCGGAGGAUGAAGACAAUGCUUUGUGUUUUUCACACGAAGAAUGGGGAAAAGGUGAAUAGGCAGAGAUGUCUACGGU